CUUUGCUGAAAAACUUGAAUUUAUGAAAAAGCCCACAAGUAAAGUUGCGACAAUCAUUGGUAUGUAAGAAACGAUGUAAGAAAACUCGUUUAUCGGUGUGCGCGUGGAACGUCAAAAUAAACACUUAAAGGUGAGAUGGAGUGGCGCGAGAAGUGUGUGUCUGAAUGCACAGCAGCGUGUUUAGAAACACAGAGAUGGAUGGAGGCAGUUACUAAGAAGAGGUUUGGGAGCAGUAACUUCCGGAUUUCUCUGCAGAAUGGAAUGCUCUUGUGUGAUCUAGUUAACAAGAUCAAACCUGGUAUUAUCAAGAGGCUUAACAGACUUUCCACACCCAUUGCUGGCCUGGACAACGUCAAUGUCUUCCUAAGGGCUUGUGCCAGGCUAGGACUGAAAGAAGCUCAAUUAUUCCACCCGGGAGAUCUACAGGAUUUAUCCACACGCGUUACCAGCAAGCAACGGGAGACCAGCAGAAGGCUCAGAAAUGUUCUGAUCACUAUAUACUGGCUGGGAAAAAAAGCACAAGUUGAUCCUUUAUAUAAUGGACCACACCUAAACCUGACGGCGUUUCAGGGGUUAAUAGGCACAGCACCACAUAAGGCAUCAGAAGAUUGUCCGCCUGCACCGAGCAGUGACGGAGACAGUGGCUUUGGACACAGCUGGUACUCGGACAGGCAAGAGCUCUUCCCAAUACCAGGCAGACACAAGAGAGAAGACUCACUAGACAGCUGGGAUUCGCUGAGCUCCAAGGCUCGCGGCACAUCCUCAGACACCACACUUAAAGACAGCAGCGAGGGUUGUGGUAGUGACUCUGAGGCAGAGCAACGAUUCAGGAUGUCUGAGAACUAUCGCCGCUCACAGGUGAUCGCACCGAAGGCGGUCAGUCAGUUCAACCAGUUCCUGCCAAGCAAAGACAAGACGACAUCAGGAUAUGUGCCAGCCCCACUGCGCAGAAAACGGGCCGAGCGCAAUGACGACAACAGGCGCAGCUGGGCCAGUCCCAUUUACACUGAGGAGGGUGGAGCGUUCACCAGGGGUGACCAGACAGACAAAGGCCCCUCCCCUGUCAGCACCCCUGCUGCCCACCAUGCCUGGGUGUCCGAGUAUGAGAGCAGUGAUUCCGACGCUGACCGUCCGGACCCCGACCUGGUCCUGGAUGACCUGGCCAGCCGUAGGUUCCAUAAUCGUUCUCCUGCUGCCCCACCAAAUUUUGCCAUACCCAUGAGGUCGGUGGCAUCCACCCGAGGGGCCAAAACCCUAGGGCCCCUGGUCACUGUCACUAACGUGCCCCAGCAGACGCUGACCUCCCUCAGCGGCGAGUUUCGGCCUGUUCGGACGUCCAUUGGAAGGCCUGAAGGUACUGACGUCUGCUUGUAUGACUCUGGGGAGGAGGAGGACGACAUGGGUUGCGCUGACCCUGUUCAUGAUGACCUUUAUACUCGUAAGGUGGGUCUGGUGGCACAGCCCCCUGCAAUGAUGUCCUACGACAAAUUUCUUCCCAAGUUCUGGACACCUGAGGAGGACGUGCACGUGCAGAAGAUCAAGACGGGUUCUCAGCGCCGGCCCUGGUACCGAAAGAUCCAAGGGUUCAGCCGGAAGUCACCCGGCUCCUCCUCAGAGGACUCGGACAGCGACGUCAGCCCCUGGCUCUGUGCGUCCUCUUGUGCUUGUUCUCAGUCUGAGCCCCCUCCCUCUCAGCCCCACGCACCUGACGGCUCCGCAGGGGCCAGCCUCCCCACCACACCCAGUCCUCCUGCUCAGCAAACCACUGCGCCCCUCAGGUUUGAUCUGCCAGAUUUCUGGCCGCACCCCAAUCCUGCCUCGGGGCCGAAGCUCAUUAAGUGUGAGCGAUUUCCUCUCCGGGGCCGCGAGCACCCAAUGGACCCCUACAACGUGUCUGCAGACAUCCUCCCUGAUUUGGAAAAUGACGACAUGUUCACUCGCCGCAUGGCUGCCUUCCACACCAGCGCCGAGCUGGCCUGGCUUAAAUAUGGAGGCCUGCUCCAGUCUCGUCAUGCCUCUGAGCCCUGCAUCAGAGUGGUGAUCCCAAAACGGUUCGGCCAGCCCAUCUACCCGGACAUUGAGAGGGAUGACGUGCUCUACCGCAGGGUCCAGCAGCAGUCUGUGCAACGCCCCCCAUUGGGGGCGCCCGAUAGCUACCACCCUGUGCCUAUCCCUGACCCCGGGGCCCUGCCGCCACACCUUCAGGCCAAGAUGCAUUGCACCCCAUACUGCCCGAUGUGGGAGGAGCCAGAGGAGGGACAAAGGCAGAGGGAGGAGCAUCCAAAAGAGGACGACAUGCUGGUUAGGAAGCUGAGAGUAGGGCCCAUCCAGGGGGUGCGUAAACCCACUGGGGCAUGUCUGACUUCAGGCAGCACUCAAAUGGGUCCCGCCAUCCCUCCAGCCCGCUGCGAGGAGGAUCUGCGGAAAUGGCAGGCCAUCAGAGAAGCCAGUCGCCUGCGAUAUAAGAAGAGGCUGAUGGUAGAGAGAUUGUUACAAAAGGACUCCACCGGUGACGGGACCAAGUCCAUGAGUGACAUCCUGGCUGAGCAGAACGAGUUGAGGAAGGUCCAUUAUGAAGAGCUGCAGCAGAUCCGCACCCAGGUGAAGGAGACCGACAACAAGUGGCAGGAUGAUCUCACCAAGUGGAAGAACAGGCGCAGGAGUGUAAACUCCGACAUCAUGAAGAAGAAGGAAGAGCGGGAGCAAAUUGAGAACCUCACUGCAAGCAGUAGCACCAGGAGAACCAAAACCUUCAAAGAGAUGGAAGAGGAGAGGGAGGGACGGGGGCCGGGCAGCUUUAAGAGUAGCUUCUCCACUUCUGAAGACCAGGACGUCUUCGAGGAGCUGACACCCAGGACCAGGAAGUUACCAUCCCGCAGCUACACCAUCGAUAACCCCUAUGCUCUGUCGGGCGAUCUCGCAGCACGCUCAGAGGUGCCCCAGAGGCAGGAGGAGCCCAGCAGCUCGGAGUCGGAUGACGCAGGUUCUCCACCCAGUCCUGUCCCCUCCAGCCAAGAUAGGAGCAGCUCCCGUCAGCAAAGCCAAGACAGCAUCACUAGUAGCCGCAGCCUUCUGGACAACUCUCUUCCCACCCUCAGCAUCAGCAGGAGCAGACAAGCAGAGCCCACCAGCAGCGUGGUGAGCCACACUGCGCCGGAGCCCACCAAGAGAGUGUUCAGCCACACCACACCGGAGAACACCAACAGUGAGUUCAGCCACACCGCGCCAGAGCCCACCAAGGGAGUGGUGAGCCGCACCGCACCAGAGCCCACCGGUGACGAGUUCAGCUGCACCACGCCAGAGCCCACCAAGAGAGUGGUUAGCCGCACUGCGCCAGAGCCCACCGGUGAUGAGUUCAGCUGCACCGCACCAGAGCCCACCAAGAGAGUGGUCAGCCGCACUGCGCCAGAUCCCACCGGAGACGAGUUCAGCCGUACUGCGCCAGAGCCCACCAGCAGACUCAGACCUGCUGUCCCCCCCAUGCCUGAACUCAUGCAGCCUGAUGGCAGGCCGCAGGACCAAAGUCCAGCUCUGUUUAAACCCAAUUUGGUGGACAGAAAGCAGGAAGCAGCGGGUCAGAUUUCUGCCUCCUUCCCCAGGACAUACCAGAAAUCGCAUUCCGCACGGCUCACCACUGUAGUUGCGCCAAGGCCUUUUGGCACCCAGACCACCAGGAUCUCCUCCCUGCCCCGAGCCCCCACGGUAAACGACUCUCACAAGCGCUUCAAUGGCGAGACAGAGAGCUCCAACAGGACUGCAGCCCCUCGACGGUAUCCACAGCUAACAAAAGAGGAUAAGGCUCUGUCCCAGGGCAGCUCUGCUCAUAGCAGUGAUGAAGACGAGAAGGAGGAAGAUGAGCUGGUGGCUCCAGCUGUGCAGGCCUCCUCCUCUGCCCCUCACGUAAGCCGUGUGUCUGCACAGCCCAAGGUGGCUGUGGCCCCUGUCAGCAACACCAAGCAGGAAAGCUACAGUGACAUGAGGAUCAGUUUGGCUCAGAAGCCCAAGAGUAGCCAUGACUUUGGCUUCCAGACCAGCUGGGAUUCCUCAGGGGCUCAUGUCAAAUCUAUACAGCCAGGCAGUCCAGCAGAGCUCUGCCACCUGCAGGUGGGGGAUGAGAUACUGGCGGUGAAUGGACACAAGGUGGCAGACAUGAGCUAUGAGCAGUGGAAUGGGAAGAUGAAUGAGGCCCUGCAGCAAGGCAGCCUGUUCAUGGACAUCCGCCGUUAUGGCAAGAACAAUUGGGCCAGAGACCUACCUUCCCUUCCAUAUAAAAGCCAUAAGACCAUCAAUCUGACCAGUGCGGAUCCUCUAGGUUCCCCUGUGACAUACUACAACACCAACCUGGACUUUACCUCCCACCCAGCCACGGAUGCAGCUGUGAAAUCUCUGGACAUAAGCUCCCAGCCUGCCAAGGAUUUGACUUCUAAUGGUGUUCAUGGUGCAUUCCAGGAGCCGGUGACCCUGAGAAACAAAGAAUCAGAACCAAUUUCUUUGAAAAACCUAAAAAGGAGAUCAGAGUUUUUUGAACAAGGUGGAACUGAAAAUGCAACAUUAGAUGUCCCUGUUCCCCCUCUCUCCACCUCCUCCAACCGCUGGUCCUGGGACCCUGAGGAAGAGCGCCGUCGUCAGGAAAAAUGGCAAAAGGAGCAGGAGCGCCUCCUACAGGAGAAAUACAGGCAGGAUCAGGAGAAGAUGGAAGAGGAGUUUAGGAAAGCCCAGCAGGCGGCUGUGCAGGAGGGCACAAAACAACAUGAGGAGGAGAUGAGGAGGCUGGAGCUUCAUCGACACAACAUGGGCCUCCACUCCCCUCUGACCCCCCUCAGGCAGGACGAGAUGGAGGCCUCCAGAGUGGCCCUCCAAGACCAGAAGGAGAAGAGGAGAAGGGAGCAGGAGAUCCGCCACCUAGAGGAGGAGAGGAGAAGGAUGGAGCAGCAAGGGCGUCUAGAGGAGGAGAAGAGAAAGAGCGAGCAGCAAGAGCGUAUUGAGGUGGAGAAGAGAAAGAGGGAGCAGCAAGAGCGUCUAGAGGAGGAGAAGAGAAAGAGGGAGCAGCAAGAGCGUCUAGAGGAGGAGAAGAGAAAGAGGGAGCAGCAAGAGCGUAUUGAGGAAGAGAGGAGAAGGAGGGAGCAACAGGAGCGCCUAGAGGAAGAGAAGAGAAAGAGGGAGCAUCAAAAACAACUGGAAGAGGAGAAGAAGAAGAGGGAAGAUGAGGAGCAUCAGCAAAGGGAGGAUGAUGGGAGGAAAAGAGAGCAGGAGGCCCAGAGACUGCAGAAGAAGAGAAAGGAGGAGGCCCAGAAGAGACUUGAUGAUGUGGACAUUGGCUAUACCAAUACUUUUCCUGAGCUAUCCUACUCACACAGGAUAAAGUCCAAGUCCACCCCAGAGCUUGAUGAAACGGGAAAAACAGAUAUUAAAGUAGUGAGUGGUGUUCUGGGUGAGAGCUCUUCGAUUAAAGACAUCCAGAAGAAGAAGGAGCCGUUAUCUCAGGCUGAGCUGGAGAGGCAGCAGAUCAUACAGGAGAUGAAGAAAAAGACUCCACUACUGACAGACCGCAGCUGGAUCCGCCAGAACAGUGCGGUCACGAGCACUAGCAGUGAGGCCAUCAGCAUGCCCAUGAGGAGAGGCGAGUCUCUGGAUAACCUUGACACGAGUCGCCCAUCCAUGAGAAUGUCAUGGGCACCAGGUAGCACUUCCUCCAUCCCAGACUACAGCAAGCCUCAUUUGGCUGUCUCCGGCUCCACCUACCGUGGCGGGCUUCCAGGCUCUGCCACCCUGCCUGCAUCCCAGUCUCUGAGCUCCCUCAGGCAGGCAUGGUCCCAGCCUCAGCAUGCCCCUAACACCAGCACAGAGCCUGGGCGUCAGACUCCUCCCCAGAACAGGUCAGUCAGUGGCAAGAAAAUCUGUACUUACUGUCAGAUGCCACUGGGCAAAGGAGCAGCCAUGAUCAUCGAGUCUCUGGGGCUCUGUUAUCACUUACCUUGCUUUAAGUGCAUCGAAUGCAAAUCUGAUCUUGGAGGCUCGCAUGCUGGAGCUGAAGUCAGAAUCCGAAACAAACAGCUAUACUGCAACUCCUGCUAUAUUCGGUUCAAAAAUGCGCAGCCCUCUGCCCUGUGAGCUCACUGUGCUACAGCAGAUUGAGGAGGAGCCCACUAUAGCUAAGCAGCCAUGAACACUAGCACCAGAGCCCAUGCUUGUGAUGAACACUUGGGGAUUUGGGGAGUGGAUAUUAAACAAUGAGCUUCAAUAUUUCCUUUUACUUCUGAGAGGGUGAGAUUAAAUAAAGUUAUUUGUUUCCAUAAAGUAUUACAGAAUGCUUGUACAAAGUAUGCGGGACAUGUAUUUAGUUAGUGUCUAGUAAUGUAUUUGAAAGAAUUAUUGCAUGCCAUGUUUUUUACACGAGAGAUCUGGGUGAUUUCUGGCUGGCUGAACACGGUUUUGGGUUUUUUAAUAGUACAGUAGUAUACUGCUUACUGAGAAUCUUUAUAAGUCUGUUAUGUUGUGGCUUAUUGUCAUAAAUAUUGUCAUUCAUUGUUGUGCCUUGCUUUUGGGGAAAGAUAACUUGGAAUAAAUAUAUUACAGAUCUAUUUUAAAGUGACAUGGUUUAAAGGAAGAGGUUUAUUUGCUGAUGGAAUCCACUUAAUAUGUCUAAGGAUUUUAAACAGUCUUGACAUGAGACAAUGUGAAUUGUAUUCAGUAAUAUUUGUAAAUAAAGUGAAAUUCUGGCUGAAUUUAAAUGA